UUGACGCAACUGCUAUUCCCAGGUAAGGAAAGGUUUUAUUUAUUUAUUUUUUCGUAAGAAGAUAAGGAAUUAAGGAGGGUUACUACUCUUUUUUUUGUGUCUGGAAGAGGGUUACUACUUACUGGCAGAAAAAUCAUCUCCAGUUCAAAACGAAAUGGAGGCUAUAGCACAUAUGUUUGCAAGCCCUUCUUCUUCUCAUCGUUCUUCUUAUUGUUGUAUUAACAAUCUCACUCCUGCGAAACUUCAAUCCUCGGUUUCUCCAACUGCAAUCCCCCAUUUCCAUUAUUCGUUCGCUAGGUUUCAACUCACACCGUUGAGUAACCAAGUUCGUUGCGGUUGCCUACACUCACCUGCCACUCUUCAGACCGAAGCGGGGAUGUUGUUUUCACUCUUUCGAGAAAUUGGAUUCCAUGAGCGAGAAACCGAACUAUUUUUGGACGCAAUCCCUGCUUUAAAGUUUGCGCCUUUUGAUUCCAUACGCGCGCGGGUUGUUUCUUUAGAAUCGGUCGGAAUUAAAGGUGUUGCCCUUUAUCGGUUAAUUUCGAAAUCCCCAAUUGUAUUGGCAGCUGAAGAGAUUGAUUCAUUGUUACGUUUCGUGCGCGAGGAUUUGGAGGGAAAACUGGAACCCCGGCGGCUUGAGCGUCUACUGACUGCCACAGAACCCCAGUUUUUGGUGGGUUUCGAUCAAAAGGUAAGGCUACUACUUCAUCGUGGAGUUCCCAAGGAAAAGCUUCCUCAUGUUCUCAACAAAGUCAAUUUAACCAAGUCACUAUGCCUUAAGUCACUCCAAGAAAUCGAUAGGACAAUUGGCUUCUUGGACCGUUUCGGUGGGGUUGACAUAAUCCUAAGGCGUCCGGUGGUUCUGAACUAUAAUUUGGAUACCCAACUAAUUCCGAGAAUCGGAUUCCUCACAAGGCUUAGUGAGGGAGAUGAUGGUGCUGCCGGGAUUGUGUUGCGGAAACUCCCUGCAAUUUUGAGUUAUAGCUUGGAGCAUAUGGAGAGUCACGCAGAGUUAUUGAGGUCGUUUGGUGGUCUAAGCAAUGAACAAAUAUUCAAGAUUCUGCUUGUGUUUCCGAACUUGAUUAGCGCGAGCAAGGAGCGGAAGCUGCGUCCCCGGAUAGAGUUUCUCAAGCAAUGUGGGUUAAAUCCGGAGGAGAUAUAUAGGUUCUUGACCAAAGCACCUUUGUUUCUAGGCCUAUCAUUUGAAGACAACAUCGUACAUAAGCUUGUGUUUUUGGUGAAGAUUGGUUUUCGAUAUAGAACCAAGGAAUUGGUCGUGGCAAUGGGAGCAGUGACAAGAACGAGCUGCGAGAAUUUUCAGAAGUUGAUUGGUUUGUUCUUAAGUUAUGGGCUUUCUGUUGCAGACAUUGUCAGCAUGAGCAAGAAGCAUCCCCAGAUAUUGCAGUAUAAUCAUACUUCUUUAGAGGAGAAGAUGACGUUCUUGGUUGAGGGUAUGGGUCGCGAUAUUGAGGAGUUGUUGUCAUUCCCAGCAUUUCUUGGUUACAAUCUUACUCACAGGAUUAAGCAUAGGUAUGAAGUGAAAAGGCAGACUAUUGGAGAAGGGAUGUCCCUCAACAAGCUUUUAAGUGUGUCAUCCCACAGGUUUUCGACUGGGACUGAAUGGAAAAAUGCCAUUCAAGAUUGCAAUGCAGAUGCUGAAUGAAUUAGACAUAUGGUGCAGCCUUCACGUUCUCUUUUACCUGGUUGUCACGCACAUCAUCUCCUGUAAAAGUCCAACUUUGGCAAAGAGGGACAUGGAUAAAUUAUUCUGGAGGCAAUGGCACAGCCGUAUGGGGAGAAACCUUUGGUUGAAGUUGCCUGUAUAGAGGGUCUGUGAUUCAAUUAUGAAAUUGCAUUGUAAUCUUUGAUUCUCGUUUAUUUUUCAAGCAUUGAAAUCCAACACUCA